GACUCUAGGUUGGAUGAAGGUGACCAAAACUAUGCAGCAACCCAGUCAGGAGGAUCUCGGACUCAAGAGCUGGUGAUACAGCUAAACCGUAGAGCUUGUGCGAGGUCCUGCGUGAGGUCGCCAUUGUGGGAUCGCCAGCAGCACACAUGUAGGAGCAAGAGGCAGAGCUUAGCACUUCCGGAUUUUGGCUUCUUUGGCUGCCCUAAGACGUUCACAUACAAGGAGCCCGUGGACAGUCCUGACAAGCCCUGCCUGGGCCCAAGUGCGCGGAGGAUGGAAACGUGCGUUCGGCCAUGUCUCUGGGCCGCCUCCUUCGUCGGGCCUCCUCCAAGGCCUCGGACCUCCUGACCCUCACCACGGGGGGCAGUGGCGGGUCCCUCUCCGUCCUGGAUGGAGAGGUCAUCUACUCCAAGAACAAUGUCUGCGUGCACGCACCCGAGGGGCUGCAGGGCCCUGGGGAGCACCAUCCAGGGUACCUGUGUCUGUACAUGGAGAAAGAUGAGCUGCUGGGGGCUACCCUCAUCCUGGCAUGGGUCCCCAACUCUCGAAUCCAGAGGCAGGAUGAGGAGGCCCUACGCUAUAUCACCCCCGAGGGCUCCCCUGUGCGCAAGGCACCGCGUCCUCGAAGGCGUCGCACCACAAGCCUGGGGGCCCCCUACCAACCCUCUCCCACAGAGCCAAGGCCUCCCCUGAUUCCCAAAGACGAGGACAUCCUGGUGGUGGUCCAGAACACGCAGGAUUCUGUGCACAUCAGCCCUACAGACGAAGAUGGGGUAAAGCUGGCCCAGGGCCCAGAGGUGGAUGGACCCCUGCCCACCUCACAGCCUGUGCAUAGUGACUCUGGGAUCCUGUCUACAGUCAGCUCCCAGGAUGGGACGGAGAAUGGCCGGGAGCUACGGCCCGAGGCUGUGGAGGAAGAGGGCUCCUUGGAGUUGUCAGCUGAUGGCGUGAGCCGGGAUAGCUCCUUUGACUCGGACUCUGACGCCUUCUCCUCGCCCUUCUGCCUCUCCCCCAUCAGUGCGGCCCUGGCGGAGGGGAACAGCUCUGCAUUCCUGGAGAGUGAGGGCAGCUCCCCCUCCAGCUCCGAUGCCAACCUUCGGUUCCCCGACAGCAACGGCCUCCUGCAGACACCUCGCUGGGACGAACCACAGAGGGGAUGUGCUCUGGAGCAGAUCUGCGGUGUGUUCCGUGUGGACCUGGGCCACAUGCGCUCCCUGCGGCUCUUCUUCAGCGACGAGGCUUGCACAAGUGGUCAGCUGGUGGUGGCCAGCCGAGAGAGUCAAUACAAGAUUUUCCACUUUCACCACGGCGGCCUGGACAAGCUCUCCGAGGUGUUCCAGCAAUGGAAGUUCUGCACAGAGACACACCUCAGGGACCAGCAGGUCACGGAUGAGAGGACGUGCAUGCAGUUCUCCAUCCGAAGGCCCAAGCUGCCGUCCUCUGAAAUCCACCCGGAGGAGAGCCUGUACCGGAGGCUGGAUGUGUCCGCCUGGCUCAAUCAUCUGAAUGACCUGGGGCAGGUGGAGGAGGAAUACAAGCUACGCCAGGCCAUUUUCUUUGGUGGCAUUGAUGUGUCGAUCCGGGGGGAGGUCUGGCCUUUCCUUCUGCACUAUUAUAGCCACGAGUCCACGUCGGAGGAACGCGAGGCGCUUCGGUCGCAGAAGCGAAAGGAAUAUGCAGCUAUCCAGCAAAAGAGGCUCUCCAUGACUCCCGAGGAGCACAGAGCCUUCUGGCGUAACGUACAGUUCACUGUGGACAAAGACGUGGUUCGGACAGAUAGGAACAACCAGUUCUUCCGAGGGGAGGACAAUCCGAACGUGGAGAGCAUGAGGAGGAUCCUGCUGAAUUACGCUGUGUACAACCCAGCCAUCGGCUACUCACAGGGCAUGUCAGAUCUGGUGGCGCCUAUCCUGGCUGAGGUCUUGGAUGAAUCAGACACCUUCUGGUGCUUCGUGGGUUUGAUGCAGAACACCAUCUUUGUCAGCUCUCCCCGGGACGAGGACAUGGAGAGACAGCUGCUGUACCUGCGGGAGCUGCUCCGGCUGACACACCAACGCUUCUACCAACACCUGGUCUCUCUGGGUGAGGACGGCCUCCAGAUGCUCUUCUGUCACCGAUGGCUCCUUCUCUGCUUCAAGCGGGAGUUUCCUGAGGCCGAGGCCCUGCGCAUCUGGGAAGCCUGCUGGGCCCACUACCAGACGGACUAUUUCCACCUGUUCAUCUGUGUGGCCAUUGUCGCCAUCUACGGGGAUGACGUCAUCGAGCAACAACUGGCCACGGAUCAGAUGCUCCUGCACUUCGGAAACCUGGCCAUGCAUAUGAACGGAGAGUUGGUGCUCAGGAAGGCCAGGAGUCUCCUGUACCAGUUCCGCCUUCUGCCACGCAUCCCAUGCAGCCUACAUGACCUGUGUAAGCUGUGUGGGACAGGCAUGUGGGACAGUGGGUACAUGCCAGCUGUGGAAUGUGCCGGCCACCACCCGGGCUCAGAGAGCUGUCCCUAUGGGGGCACAGUGGAGACACCAUCACCCAAGCCUCCAAGAGAAGGCAAGAAAGGCCCAAAGGCACCCCGGGAGGCCUUUGGUUUCCGAAGAUAGAAAAGCUCCUGCCCUUGACCAUGGGUGAGGGGACCUCCAUGAGGUCCUUGGGCAAGUGGGAGGGGGAGGGGGUGGAUGUGGAGAGGACACGAGGAGGAAAAGCU